UCAGUGUUACAGCAUCACACAGUGACUGGAGACAGCAGAGCCUCCUCCCGUCCAGCAGGAGGCAGUGAAGCGACUUUCACGUUGGAUUCUGUCGAUGUUAAACCUUCCAGACAAAGAGAUGUAGGCUUUUAACUAAACAAAUACUGUACAUUGAUAUUCACGAUAUCUCAUCAAACAUUAUUAUAGCGUGAUAACUCGGUUAAUAGUCGUCUCAGUUUGACACCUGCAGUGAUACAUGAGGACCAUGUGAUGAUGUGAAACCUGCCUCAGGGACUCAUAGCUGGAUUGUUUUGAACUCAGUAACAAAAACAAAAGGUUCAUAUUAUCAUGUCCGACCCGGUUCAGACCACCUCUGACAGUCUGUGUAAACUCGUCCGCUGGGCUCACAGCCACGGCACCAUCUGCAACCUCAUCCCCAGCCUGCAGCACCUCACCUGCGGAUCCCACGGUAAUGUGCUGACACCAGAGCCCGGUCGCCACGGCGGCAGCGUCCCUGUUGCCGUGUGGGGUUGUGGUGCAGGACACGCCUACCACUGGCCCCUCAGUGACCAUAGCAACGGCUGCGGAGGCUCAGCGAACACCAGCCAGGGCCAGCAGCAGAGGUUUGUUGGAGGACGUCCGUCCAAUAAGGUGACAGCGAGGGCGUCAUGUGACCUCUGCCUUAACGAAGCAGCAUCAGAGGAGGAGGAGGAGCUCAGCAGCCAGCGGUUUGACACCGCCGGAUGCGAUUCGUCGGCCACAGACGACGACGGCGACGGCGACUACGAGCCCCGCCCAUCCAGGAAGAGAGGCGUGGCACCAGGAGGAGCAGGAACCGGGAAGAAGGUCAAGCAGGAACUGACCUCUGCAGAGGAUUAUGACAUUAAUGCUAACACAGCUAGCACGGGGCUAGCAUUGGCAGACUAUGUUUCACAAGCGGCAAACACGCACUCUCAAAUCACACACACACUGUUGCCUAACAAGCAGGAUCCGGGAUGUGAGGGAGCAGCGGACCCAGAGAUGGAGCCGCCCGGAGGAGGCGGCUGCAUGACAGGGACCACGGAGCAGGCCGAGACAUGCAGCUCAGCCACAGUGACAACAGAGAAGACUGCAGGGGUACAGAAUGAGCUGGAGAAGCUGCGAGCGUUGCUCUAUGCAGAACGCAGCCACAACCAGCGGAUGACGGAGAUCAUCUCCAGUCUGAAGCAGGACAAAGAGCUGCUGCAGAACGAACUCACCAAGAAAGCCGAACUCAUCUGUGACUUCCUGCAAGACAAACUGCGGCCAGAGAAGAGGUGGCUUUGUGGCUCUAAUCCAAUGGAACCGGGAAGUUCACACAUGCCGUCUUCUGACGACGUGGCAGCGGUCGAUUCGCCGACGCUGUUUGACUCAUUUGAGGAAAUGGAGCUUCACCCUCUGGACCGCAACCGGACCCUGAAGAGCAAGAGGAGCCGGGACGGAGAAAACACCCGAGUCAGGAUGAAAAACGUGGUGGGUGUAAUAGCGCGCUACAUGGCAGCCCUCCAGGAGUUCCGCCGCAGCGUUUCCAUGAAGGUGGCCUUCGACCGGGUCGGCGUGGACCGCAACACCAUCUCCCGCACGGCGGCCAUAGCCGAGCUCAGCCUGUCCGCUCCGGAGGUGUUUCACGCGCUGGCGCCGUGGGAUGAGAAAGAGGAGACGCUGGCACAUUAUGCCCACCGCUGCCGACAGGCGAUGGAUGACAACAUUAGGGUCAAGAUCAAAAUGAUGAAGGCGAAAGGCGAACUGCUGCCCAUUGUGUCAAAGUGACAAACAUUUACAGACCGACUGGCUCGUUCUGGCUGAAUCGGAGGCCAACAAUACACACUUCCUGUAAAAUGGUAAAUGGACUUGGACUUAUAUAGCGCUUUUCUAGUCUUCCGACCACUCAAAGCGCUUUACACUACAUGUCAGUAUUCACACAUUCAUACACUGAUGGCAGAGGCUGCUAAGGUGCCAAC